CCAUUUGAUCUCUCUCUCUCUCUCUCUCUCUCUCUCUCUCUCUCUGAAAAGACAGAAAACUAAGAUAGCUAAAAACUAUAUAGCUCUACCUUUGGUGUAGUUUUUAAUUUCUAUAUGAUUUCCUUUCAAGCCCCCCUCUCCCCUUCAGAUAUGAUCGGAAAGACAAUCUCAGAGUUCGACAAUUCAUCCAAGAAGAGAAAGUUGGAAGAAGAUUCACAAGGUGAUCAUGAAGAAACUUCUGACAAGCGAUCUAAAGCUGAAAGCAUAAAAUCGGUGUUCGAUAUGGAGCUACACCUCGAGACUCCAUUACCUUUGGAGUGGCAAAGAUGUUUAGACAUUCAGUCAGGGCAGAUACACUUUUACAAUACAAGGACCCAUAAGAGAACAUCAAAGGAUCCAAGGAGAAGCCCUGAACCCCCAAGCCCCGUUCACAUGAGCUUAGACCUUGAGCUAAACCUACCAUGCGAUUCAUCAGUAAGGAAAGUUAAUGAAAAAGAUCACCAAUUAUUCAACAAGCACAACUCCGUCGGCCCCACGAGGGCCGGUUCAGUUGAUAAGAAGAUCAACUCAUCGGGAGGAUUAACUCGCAACCUUUCAUGGUUGGCAGUGGAGGAGAAUGAUCAGCAAGAUCAAGAGAUGGUAGCAACAGUGUGCAUGAGAUGCCACAUGUUGGUGAUGCUUUGCAAGUCAUCACCUGCAUGCCCUAACUGCAAAUUCAUGCACCCACCAGACCAAGGCCCUCCGAAACUAUUCAAGCAGGGGCUUAGCCUCUUGUGCUAGUAAGGACAAUCAAGUUUUUUAUGUUUAGGAUAACAAAUCCACCCCAACGUGUGUUGAUUAAAUUUGUAUUUCUUAAUUCGUCUUGGAAAGCAAAAUAGUGGUGCUUUAAAGGUUUUA